AGGGCGACCAGACAAAUAAAUACCUCGAAUCCACAGGGGGGGGGAUCAGAGACUUUCCAGUUCAGAAGUGAGCAGAGGUUUUUCUCAAGAGCUUUGUUUUGUGUGCUGCCACAACCAGAAGGCAACAUGGUCAGCAGAUUCGAGCACCCAGCUGGUGGAUACAAGAAGAUCUUUGAGACGUGUGAGGAGCUGGCUGAGCCUCUUCCAGCAACUGUCACUGGCAGGAUUCCUUCCUAUCUGAAGGGAAGUCUUCUCCGUUUGGGACCUGGACUCUUCGAGGUCGGAGAUGAACCGUUCUAUCACCUCUUCGAUGGCCAGGCCCUCAUGCACCAAUUUGACUUCAAGAACGGACAAGUUACCUACUUCCGAAAGUUUGUCAAAACAGAUGCGUACGUGCGCGCCAUCACAGAGAAGCGUGUGGUGAUCACUGAGUUUGGUACGUUUGCGUAUCCUGAUCCCUGCAAGAACAUUUUCUCCAGGUUCUUCUCUUACUUCAAGGGCGUUGAGGUCACAGACAACUGCCUGGUGAACGUAUACCCUAUCGGUGAGGACUUUUACGCUGUGACGGAAACCAAUUACAUCACUAAAGUCGACACGGACACCCUGCAGACGCUGAAGAAGGUUGAUAUGUGCAACUAUGUCAACAUUAAUGGAGUGACGGCCCACCCUCAUAUUGAAAGUGAUGGCACGGUGUACAACAUUGGAAACUGCAUGGGCAAAGGAGCGACACUGGCCUACAACAUCGUCAAGAUCCCACCAACACAGAAAGAUAAGUCUGAUCCCAUCGAGAAGUCCAAGGUGGUGGUGCAGUUUCCAAGUGCCGAGAGGUUCAAGCCCUCCUACGUGCACAGCUUCGGCAUGUCAGAAAACUACUUUGUCUUUGUGGAGACGCCGGUGAAGAUCAACCUGCUGAAGUUCCUGAGCGCCUGGAGCAUCCGAGGCUCCAACUACAUGGACUGCUUCGAGUCCAAUGAGAGCCAAGGAACCCUGUUCCACAUUGCCAGGAAAAGCCCGGGCGAGUACAUCGACCACAAGUUCAAAGGGGCGGCCAUCGGCAUGUUUCAUCACAUCAACACCUACGAGGACCAAGGAUUCAUCGUCUUUGACGUGUGUGCUUGGAAAGGAUUUGAGUUUGUUUACAACUACCUGUGGCUGGCCAACCUGAGGGCCAACUGGGACGAGGUGAAGAAGGCGGCCAUGAUGGCGCCCCAGCCAGAAGUCCGCAGAUACGUGAUUCCCCUGGACGUCCACAAGGAGGAGCAAGGGAAGAACCUGGUCAGUUUGCCGUACACCACAGCCACAGCCACGAUGCACGCCGACGGGACCAUCUGGCUGGAGCCCGAGGUGCUGUUCUCCGGGCCUCGCCAAGCGUUUGAGUUCCCUCAGAUCAAUUACAGCAAACACGGAGGGAAGAACUACACGUAUGCCUAUGGCUUGGGUCUCAACCAUUUCAUUCCAGACAGGAUCUGCAAGUUGAACGUGAAGACCAGGGAGACCUGGGUUUGGCAGGAGCCCGACAGCUACCCCUCAGAGCCCCUGUUCAUCCAGACUCCUGAUGGGGUGGAUGAGGAUGAUGGUGUGCUGUUGACCAUCGUGGCAGCUCCCGGCUCCCAGAGGCCAGCGUAUCUCCUCAUCCUCAACGCCAAGGAUCUGUCGGAGGUCGCCAGGGCAGACGUGGAGUGCGACAUCCCCGUCACCUUCCAUGGGAUGUACAAACCCUAA